AUUAAGUAUUUGUUUUUUGUUUACGUAGAUCUGGCCAUAAUAAAUUAUUUCAAUACGACUUAUUGCAUUAAGUGGGUGGUAUAAUGAGUAUAAGAUUCAGUAGAUUUUUAUCUUCUCUUCAAAGAUAACAAUAAUCUCAUGGCUCAAGGAUGGCACAUCAACAAAAUGGGUUUGACUACACAAGUAAAGACAGAGACCUGCCAUACUGGCUUGAAAACCUUACCAAGGAGAUGAAAGAGACGCAUAUUAAGAACAGUAGUAGUGAUUCGUCUCCAAUUUUUGAGGAACCAAAAUAUUUUGAAAGUUCCAAAUUAGAGAAUCGCAGGUUAACGCGCAGGACAUCAUUGGAUACAACAAUGGAUAUGUUAAUGAAACCGCAGUUGGGAUCAAUAGCUCACUCCGCUGGUACUUUACGUCCACCUAAAGAAUAUAUUCUAGCGUAUAGCCAAAACGGACGGCGGGUUUAUAACGUGAGAGGUAAACUAGACUGGGGGGACUCGUCGAAUGCCAACUCCAACGACUUCCUAUCGGAUCUGCUGCCUCACUACGUGACGCCUCGUCAUAGACGCGCCAAUAACGUCACUGAUGAGGAUUUUCAUGACGUCAUUUUAGGGCCAAGACCUCAAGAGCCUAAAACCCGUAAAAAACUAAUUUCUAAAGAUGGAUCGAUAAAUUUACAACAAAAUAAUGUAGUUAAAAGGCCUAGUGUUAAGAAUCCGACCAAGAAACCAGCGUCGUUAAGCUCAGUACCAAUCAAGAACGGCCAAAAGGAGAAGGUUAAAAACGAGUUUGUGAUUCCGGAACUACCUGAAGGCAGAUUAUUGGAAAUGAAAAUAUUUUCCAACUGGGGUGAUAAGUACUUGGUUGGAUUGAAUGGCCUAGAACUGUUUGAUUCAAGCGGAGACCCCGUUGUUGUUGAAAAAGUUUGGACGGACUCGGACACUGGGGACCACUCGAAGCACGGGCGCGCUGAGAACAUAGUGGACGGAGUGAUGCGCACGCGCGACGAGCGACACGCGUGGACUGCGCCCGCGCCGAGGGGCAGCCCUAUAGCACUCACUGUGCUACUGGCUGGCUCCGUCAAGUUAGCUCUCAUGAGGAUAUGGAACUACAACAAGUCGCGCAUAUAUUCUGCGCGUGGGGUUAAACUGGUUCAGAUCAAGCUGGAUGAUCAGAUCAUAUUUCACGGAGAGAUCGCCCGCUCCAGUGGCGAAUUAAAAGGACCCCUGCCUACCUUUGGAGAUACAAUCCUCUUCACCAAGGAUCCAAUAAUCUUAGACUCCGUAAUGCUUAACGACAAAAACUUCCAAGCGUUGUUGAAAGACAACGAACCGAUGCAAGACUACUCCAACACGAUUGACAAGCGACCCCCCACUGCGAACGAUAGCAAUCAUAACAUGAGCCCUACAGCCCUGUUGGAGGCCUUGGAUAUCCAGGAGAAAGAGAUCAAGUAUGUCGCGAAGAAAGUGAAGCUCACGCUCAUGUCUAAUUGGGGACAGAGACACCUUAUUGGACUUACUGGCAUCGAACUGCUCUGCUACAACGAAUCCAUCAAGAUCCACCGCGCCUACGCGUACACCGCUUUCAUAACCGAGGACCAGGCGCCGGAGCACAGCAGCCUGAUCGACUGCAAGAGUCUGUUCAGCGGCAGGAACAUCACUACUGACUUCGAAGAUAUGUGGUGCACGAACUUCGCGACUGGGAACAAGUUCUGUCAUAUUGUCAUGGAACUUAUGGAGUCUACUGAGAUUACUAGUAUCCGCAUCUGGAACUACAACGCGAACAUGGAGCUCUCGUACAUCGGCGCGAAGCACGCGCGCAUCUCUCUGGACGGGACCGCGCUGCACUACCGGCCGCUGUUACUGCGCCGGGCGCCGGGGGACACCUGCUAUGACUACGUGCAGCAGAUAGAUCUGCUUACUAUUGAUGAUAGGUUGGACGACGCGAAGGAGUCUGACAGUUUUCGCAUGGACUGCCUGGUGUACGGAACCAACCUGGACAUGGGCGCGCCCACCGGCUUCGUGCUCCAGCUCAACAUAUUCUCCACAUGGGGGGACCCCUACUACGUGGGUCUGACUGGCAUCGAGCUGUACGAUCCACACGGGAACAAGAUACUCUUGACAGAGACAAACGUGUGCGCGCACCCGGCCAGUGUGAACGUGUUGGACGCGCGCGCGGCCGACGUGCGCACUCCCGACAAACUCAUCGACGGACACAACGCGAGGGUCGCCGACGCCGCGCACUCCUGGCUCGCACCCGUACUGCCCAACACGCUCAACAGAGUAUACUUCGUGUUCGACGUCCCCGUAUCAGUGUACGGUAUGAAAAUAUGGAACUACGGGAAAACACCAACUAGAGGCGUCAAGGAGUUCGGGGUUUUAAUGGAUGAUUUGCUGCUAUACAAUGGAACACUGGACUGUGCCAAAAACGAUGAAAUUCUCAGCCCUCAAUGGUUCUGCCUGCAGAACUUAGAUGUUGACACGUUGACACCUUCUUCGUCGGAGCUGAGCCAGCGCACGACGACGAGCGGCUCGAGCGAGUGCGCCGACCCCAGCGCGCGCCCGCACACCAGCGUGCACGUGCUCAAGCAUCGCGCGCACUGACCACUCCUUGCAGGGGGUCACACAGACGUAUUGCCAAUCAUGUGUUCUUUACGCUCUUUAUGAACUACAUACAUUAAACGUAUACAUAUAAUGUAAAAAAAAUACUUCGAAAGUUGUGUUACGACGAAUUUGCCCCAUUUUAUAACAAUAUUUCUCUGUUUCGGUUAAAUGUGUAUGAUCGCAUUAAUUUAUAUUGUGUAGAAAUCAUUACUUUAGUACCCUACCUACCAGAAAAAAAAUGUUAGGCGAUCGUUAAAAUUUUACGGAUAAUUUUAGAAGGUUUUAGUGUAAGAUGGAAUUAAUUUGGAACGAAAUCGUAGAUUAGAAACUUGAGCACUUGAUUUCAUUGAGAUUUAUAGUUGUUAGUAGGAAGGGCAGGCAUGUAGAAAUUUUGUAGACUGCGCACACGCCAAAAUACUUUUAGUUAUUGUUCAUAAUCACUUUGUUGUAUAUCGAAUAAAAACCGUAAAAAAUAAAAAAUACUUAGGGCCGUUGACUCUGAGAAGUCCUUAACGAUAGGACAACACGAGCUGCGCCUGCGCAGAUGACGUCAUGUGACUUGUUCUGCGGAGUCUGUCGUAUUAUAAUCCACCUACCUUAAGGACUCGAGAGUUACUAGACUUGUUUGAAUAAUUUAAAGUUGUUAUACAUAAAAUAUUAUGUCCGUCCAAUAUUAGUGAUGCCCUGAGUGGCCUGUGAUGGUGAUGUUGCUAGUCUAAAAUUGUUGUAAUUAGUUACGUGACCGUGUAACGUGAAUUUUUGUACCACAAAUAAAUAAAAUGAUAAUUUCUAA